UGAAUGCAUUAAACGAUUACCGAAAAAAAAUUAUGGUGCGUUCGAAGCGUUCCUUGGACAAAAAACCUAAUUACGUAGGCUUCAAAGAACAAAUUCCCUUAUCGAAGAGGCUCUAUCGUCAUCCGAACCUGAGUUACGAAGAGCAACAAAAGCAAAAGAACCACACGUUUCAGGACGAAGGUAUAAUUGUAAAUUUCGAAAGUACGGUGAAUAAACGCGUCCUGGACAUAUUUGAUUCAUUACAAUCGAAAACUACGAUCAAACCUUUAUUAAAGGAAUUAAACAAGCAUAGUUAUGUACCAGUGUCUUCUAAUGAUAAUGAAUAUUUUGGGAUGCAAAAGAAUUUAAAAAAUCAUACGGAUAAUAAUACGGAAGAUGAUAAAAAACGUUUCAUAAAGACACAAGAAUCUAAUGAUAUAAAAAUUAACAAAAAUAUGUUAAAUGAAACAAUUAAAGAUAUGAAUAUAUCGCAGAGCUUGAUUAAACAACAAAAUCGUAAAAAUUACAUCAAUAUACAGGAUCAUCAAAAAGAUGUUAAUAACACGACAUCCUCGGAUAUUUUAGAGUAUGAUCCAAACAAAAUUCCAUAUGUUGAGGUACCGGAUUAUUCUGAUAUUAGGGAAGAAAGUUUGGAUGAGAAAGAUCGUCAGAUGAAAGAAGAGAAAACUGAUUUAAUUAAUCCAGAAAUAUCAACGAAUCACGAUAACUCUGAAAAAAACGUAAAAGAGUUGUUAAAAAAUUCAAGGCAAAAUUUAAUUAAAAAAAAUGAUUCAAAUUUCAUCAAUUUUAAAAUGUUUACAAAUAUAAAAAAACUGGAUAAUGAAAAUAAUGAAAAUAAUAAUGAAAAUAAACCAGAUACGACAGAUAAACCAGAAAGAUCGAAUGAUUUCAAAGACUCUUCUGAACGUUUAAAAAGCGAUAAAUUCGAAGAAAAUAAAGAAGGGAGACUAUUAAAAAAUUUAAAUGAACCGCGAAAUAACAAGGAUAAUUUAAAUAAUUCCAACAUCGAUAAAGAAUCAGGAGAAAAUUCCCAAGAAAAUCACGAGCCUCGGGAAGAUCCGGAGGAAACGCAGGAGGACACAGGAAGUCAAUCGGGUCCCAUAAUUUUCGACAUAAACGAAUACAGGAAGCCAUUCGAUCUAGACGAAUUUCUUAAGGACGAUCCGAUAAUGAAAAAGUUGAAGCUGCUCGAAAAGGAGACACGGACCAAGUACGGACAGAACGGGAAACAAGUUUCAGCCGACUUUAACGAAUCCGAAAGUGAUAAUGCGUUCAGGGAACAAGCGAACGGCCAAAGGAAUUCUGCUGAGGUACAAGAUACUUUCGAUGAUCUGUCAAAAUCUCAUCGAUCUAGCGAUUUUGCCGAUUCCAUCUUUGCAAAAGUGGAUAAAAGGAAGGAUAAACAAAAUGGAAAAGAUAGGAAAACAAAGAAGAAAAUAAAAAAUCGUGAAGAUUCUAACGAAGAGAAUAGCGACGAAGACUUUUUAAGAUUUAUCUUCAAAAAGGACAAGAAAAAUAAUCCUUUGCCUGGAUUCGAAAAUGAAGAAAAAUUCCUCUCCCGAUAUUUCACGGAAGAUGUAAUUAGAAAAUUGCAAGAGGAUAUCGGAAAAGAUAGUAAGAGAAAGGACAAGUCCCGUAAAGAAGACAUGUAUGAAGCAUUAUCGGCAAUCUUGAGAAAGAAAAGUCAAAUCUCGCGGCUCAAUGAGGACAUUGAUAAAAAAAUCGAAGCCGGAGACGAGCCGAUGCUCGAAUACAAAAAUUUCUGGUCUUUAGAAUAUAAAUCUCCGAGAGUCGACAUGGAAGCGCAAGAAAGAAGGAAAUAGCG